AUGUCUGAUAAACAGGUUAUUGAAACACCAUCGCCAAUGGUACCAGAGGAAAACCAUCAACAAAAGGAACCUAUUUCUCAUAAACCAUUAUCAGCUUAUGGUCCGAUUCCAGAAGGUAUGUCUAAAUCCCAAUGGAAAAAGAUCUGUAAAAAGAAAAGAUUUGAAGAAACUAAGGACGAAUUUAAUAAAAAGCGUAAACUGAAAAAAUUACAAGCUAGAGAGAGAAAAAGGGAAAAAAUCGAAGCAUAUGUUUCUAAAGGAUUGCCUAUACCAGAGGAAAUGAAAAAACAACCCAAAAAAAAUGUUAAUCAGAAAGAUUCCGGUAUUAAAAUCAUUAUUGAUUGUGCAUUUGAUGAUUUAAUGAAUGAAAAGGAAAUUGCUUCUAUGGGUUCUCAAAUCACAAGAAGCCACGCAGCCAAUAAAAGGGCAGAUUAUUAUGCUACAAUGGUAUGUUCAUCUUUUAACAAGAGAUUAAAGGAAAGGUUUGAUAAGCAGAUUGCAAGUAGUAAUUAUAAGAAUUGGGGUCAUUUUGAAUUCACACCAGAAGAUAUAGACAAGCUUGAAGAAUACAAGAGAAAAAAUGACGAGGAGGACAAUUUAAUUUACUUGAGUGCCGAUACCGAUGAAGCAUUAGAAAAAUUAGAACCUGGGUGCACCUAUAUUGUUGGUGGGAUUGUUGAUAAAAAUAGACAUAAACUUUUAUGUUAUAACAAGGCUAAAGAACUAGGAAUAAAAACCAAAAGGUUACCUAUUGAUGAGUAUAUUAAAAUAAGCGGCAGAAGAGUUUUAACCACGACACAUGUUAUUCAAUUAAUGUUAAAAUGUUUUGAAAAAGAUGGAGAUUGGAAAGCUGCUUUUGAAGAAGUGAUACCAUCAAGAAAAUUAGGAACAGAUGAAGGAGAUGCUAGGGAUGGUGAUACUAAAGAAGUAGAAAAGAGUUCUGAAGAGCUUGUUACUACACAAGAGUGA